CAGUGGGGUUCAACAGCAAACGCUUGUGGAUUCAUUGUGGGCCUGUUUCCUGUCAUCACUUCUGCUGUCUGCAUCUUCACUGGGUAGGAGAGAGCCAGCAUUUUGUAAUUUUUUUUUUAAGUGAAGACACUGAUGUCACCCCCACCCCCACUCCUCAAAGUACCCUAUCCGGUAGCACCAGCUUCCAAUUUAGAAUUCAGCAAUCGAACUGAGGAGGGCACGAGGACAUUCUUAGCAUAGCACUCUCUGUGUGCCAGCUGACAUCUAAGACCUUGCUGUGAACAGAUGUCUUAGCCAGCCCAGGAACUCUCUGAAAACAACGGACGCCCUGUUAUCUGGAGCAGUGGGCAGAGAGAGUGUCCUACCUUGAACUCAGUACAACAGGAAGUAGCAGAAUCAGGAAGUGAUUCUCCAUCGCCUCACACUGUCGAAAACCCAGAAAGCAGAGGAAAUGAGGCUCUUUCUGCAUCUGUUCCAUAAAGCUGAAGAUAUGCGGCAUCCUGGCUGGAACAGUGAGGGAAUGAAGAAAGAACAGGCGCAUGUGCAGAGAAGCUGGGGUCACGUGGGCCACAGGCACUCUGAUGGAGUCGCACCAACAGGCAACAGCCGUCUGGAACCACGGCGUGGGGGAGAGGUCUCUGGGGGUAAGCGGUCUCAGGCUGAAAGAGCUGGGCCAGGAAGCUGCAGGUGCCAGUUUUGCAAAUACUAGAUAACAGUUCACCAGUGCUCGUACUUGUCAAGGCAGAAGAGACCAUGGAAGGGUGCUGCUUACUGACUUACUCUUCAUGACUGGUUCAGCCUGCUUAUAGAACCGAGGACCAGCAGCCAGGGGUGUUUCCACCCACAAUGGGCUGGGCUCUACCCUGCCAGUCACGAAUUGAGAAAAUGCCUUACAGCUGGAUCUUAUGGAGGCAUUGUCUCAACAACGUGGGUUCCCCCUCCUUUCAAGUAACUCCAGUUUGUGUCCGGCUGACCUAGGAUGAGCCAGCACAGCGUUAAACAAUGGGAGUUUAAUUUUCAACAGCAAGGAAGGGCUAUGGAUAGAACCUAUGACUCUAAGUGCUAUUCUAACAGAGAAAAACAGCAACUCAACCCCUGCUACGACCUCGUCCCUCCUAAACGCCGCAAAUGCUUCCACGUAAAAUAACGAACUUCAUUCAAAUAAUAACAAAAGUAAACCAACGACCUAGCUCCUGAUGGAUAGGCAAGUUCCAAUGUAAUAACACAAAGUAACAGCAAACCAAGACAUGUCCCCUCCAAACCCUACCCAUCCAGAGUAAUGUUCUACAACGAGAGCGACCUAGAUGGAAUAAGAAUCUAAAAAGCGUGACGAUAAAUCCACUCACAAGAGAUGAAAGACGGCGUAAACAAACAAAGCUGAAGGAAGCCCUGGAGAACACGAACGGCUGAAUGAAAUAAGGAGGUCAACGUAGUUUGUGAAUGGAAUUCAGUAAAGACAGAGAUGCCCCGGGGACAGCCGAAAAUGACAACUGCAGUAAAUGAGGUAAAGCCCCACGGAGAGAUCCCAGAGGCCAUCACAAGGACAAAGGCUCGGGACAUGAGGACAGGGGAGAGGAAUUGCUAUAUUCAUCCAAGGACAACAAUUAAAAGAUUUAAAAACGUAAAUGUAAGACGCAUUAUCUUUGGGACACCAUGAAAAGGUGACAUCUAAAGCUAUGCGCACAGUAUAAGGGAUGUUUCCUUGAAACUGAAACAGCCCCUCCAGGAAGCACUUAGGAGGGGAAGAGAAGGUCGUGUACCUGGGGAAUGGAAUCCGAGCCUUCUCGAGGCUCCUCCCCAGCUGUGUAGAAGCUGUUCACAGCUGCUGGGCUGGGAGCCAGACUCCGACCCGCUGAGCUGAGCUGCAGACACCUUCAUGAUCAUUGAACUAUCUGGGAGCUGAGCAGAGGACUCCAGGCUGGCAACUUUCCAGAGCACUCUCCCACGCUCUGGGACCACCAAAGGACUUGUAGAGGCCUGGGAACCUGCAUGCACCAGGCGGCGCUGGAGCUCGCCCACCAGAGAAGGUGGCUGCUGGCGUUUGUCACGCAGAGUCCUGCGCUUGACCGGAGGGCCUGCCUGGGGCUGGCUGCCCUGAGGCGCGCGUUCUGAGACCGAAAGUGAAGUCAGAUGGGUGUUGGUGGAUGCCCCAUGGCAGCUUCAUAUCCUCAGCUCAGCAGGAACUGUGACUGGGAAACCACCUUCGGAAUGAAGAGGAAUAAUUUCUCCACCGUGAAUAAAGUUGUUCACUCGUCACCAGCCGUGAAACAGCCCAAACGUGGGCUCUGCACUUCCCUCCGCCAGACUCAGAUGCUCUCUGCCCUUCUGGACUGGGGCACGUUACCUCACCACGUCAUAUUACGGAUUUUUCAGUAUCUUCCUUUAGUAGAUCGAGCCCGGGCAUCUUCUGUGUGUAGGAGUUGGAACGAAGUGUUCCACAUUCCCGAUCUUUGGAGGAAGUUCGAGUUCGAGCUGAACCAAUCAGCAACCUCUUAUUUUAAGUCCACUCAUCCCGACCUCAUUCAACAGAUCAUCAAAAAGCACGCGGCACAUCUUCAGUACGUCAGCUUUAAGGUUGAUAGCAGUACUGAGUCAGCGGAAGCCGCCUGUCAUAUCCUUUCUCAGCUGGUAAAUUGCUCUAUCCAGACCUUGGGAUUGAUUUCAACAGCCAAGCCCAGUUUCAUGAAUAUGCCAAAGUCUCACUUUGUGUCGGCGCUUACAGUCGUGUUUGUCAACUCAAAAUCGUUAUCAUCGAUUAAGAUUGAGGACACGCCAGUGGACGACCCUUCCCUGAAGAUUCUUGUGGCUAACAACAGUGACACCCUGAGACUCCUCAAAAUGAGUAGCUGUCCUCACGUUUCCUCUGAUGGAAUCCUCUGUGUGGCGGACCACUGUCAGGGCCUCCGAGAGCUGGCGCUGAAUUACUACAUUCUGAGUGACGAACUCCUCCUGGCGCUCUCAAGCGAGACUCACGUGAACCUGGAACAUCUCCGAAUAGAUGUUGUGAGUGAAAACCCUGGGCAGAUCAAGUUCCACUCCAUUAAGAAACCCAGCUGGGACGCACUGGUUAAACACUCCCCGGGGGUGAACGUCGUCAUGUACUUCUUUUUGUACGAAGAAGAGUUUGACACAUUCUUCAAAGAGGAAACCCCCGUCACUCACCUUUAUUUCGGCCGUUCAGUAAGCAGAACCAUCCUGGGCCGGAUCGGUCUCAACUGCCCUCGGCUGAUCGAGUUAGUGGUGUGUGCCAACGGCCUUCAGCCCCUCGACAGUGAGCUUAUUCGCAUCGCCGAGCACUGUAAAAACCUAACCGCCCUGGGCCUGAGCGAGUGUGAGGUCAGCUGCAGUGCUUUCGUUGAGUUUGUGAGGCUCUGUGGCCGAAGGCUCACCCAGCUGUCUCUCAUGGAGGAAGUUCUGGUCCCUGAUGACAGAUACACACCAGACGAAGUCCACACGGAAGUCUCUAAGCACCUGGGAAGAGUGUGGUUCCCAGAUGUGAUGCCUGUCUGGUAACCAGCUACCGAAGACUCCGGAUCUUCUGUCAGGAGGGUUAGCUGUUGUCUGCGUGCACAGAUGUGGAUUUUGAGACGAGCUGCUGAAGUAGUUUAGGUUAAAUGUCGUCUACUGUUUGCAAGUUCUCUUAAUUGGUGGCUGCAGAAUCAUUUGGAAACAAUGUAACAAAUUGGAAUAGACAGCGAUCUUUGUCAGUAGGACACAGACACUGUGCACUAGGUGUUCAAUAGGACAGACUACAGAUGUCUAAGAUUUACAUAGAUGGCUCAACCUUCUCAGGCGUGUUUUAGCUUACUAAGUAAAUUUAUAUUAAACUUAUAACUAAUAUAUCAUAAUGUACAGUGCUAGAUGCCUUUAAAUGACAUUUUUAUGUUGCAACCUUAUAUUAUUUUAAUUUUGUCUGGUUCAUUUGGGUACCAAUACAUGUUUUACAAAAGACAUCCUGUUGAAAAUGAAGGUACCAUUACAGAGGAAUACUUACAAAGUAUUUAGCAUCUUGUGAUUCAGUAAGCAACCCUGAAUUCUAGAGUACAUAAAUUUCAUUUUUAGACUAACUUGGAGGGCAGUUGGCAUUAUGUUAAUAAUACCCAUUCAUUUCGUAAAGAUACAGCAAGGCCCUGUGAUUAGUACUAAAACACCCAGUACGGGUAAAGAGCUAAGUUUGUGUUUGGGAAUCAGUGUUUACUGCCCUUCUGCUGCCGGUCUGGCACUGCACCAUGACCCUUGCACGUGCCGCCUGCCAUUUAACUAGUGACACUGGUAAUGUCCUUCACCCAUUGUCCUCAGUAAGAAGAUGCAUCUUAACAGUUGCCUGGGUACUUGGCUUCAUUGCCAGCCACUGCGUCUACCCUGUGCCCACCCUCUGAUCCCCAGCUGCCCUGCCCUCCGCCACCACACAGCCUCUGUGCAGCUCUCUACAGGCUCUCUCUGAGCUCCCUUAGAUCUUUCCCCUGAGGCACUUGCUACAGAGGCCAUCCGUGACAUAUUAGCUCCUGGGUCAGACACUUCACUCUUGUCCCGAGUUUUUGGUCUUCUUUGUAGCACGCACUGCUGUGCUAGUUAUGAUCUAUUUGUCUCAUAUACCCUAUUUAUUUUAAUGUACCAUAAACUCUGCAGGUACAAGAUUAUGUUAUGUUAUGUUUUGCGUGUACAGCUACUACUAUAAUUCAGCUUUCACCAAAAAGAAAUGUUUAUUAUAUUCCAGUUUUGAGUAUUUUUCAUUAUCAAAAUGUGAAUGUCCUCGUGUUGCAUUAGUUUGGAAAGUGGAUUAUCUCUGCUCAUACGUGUGUGCUCACGUGACUCUGAGCAGGCAUCUCACAUGAGUGUUCCUCAUUCUUAGAACUGUGUGUAGUAAUAGUGAAUAUUGGGUAUGAAUAAUAAUCAAACCUUUCUCAAAGACUUCACAUCCGAGUUCUCACCACUGCACAUCCGAGUUCUACCACUGCACAUCAGAGUUCCCACCACUGCACAUCAGAGUUCCCACCACUGCACAUCAGAGUUCCCACCACUGCACAUCAGAGUUUCCACCACUCCAUAUCACAGUUCUCACCACUGCACAUCAGAGUUCCCACCACUGCACAUCCGAGUUCUCACCACUGCACAUCCGAGUUCCCAUCACUGCACAUCCGAGUUCUCACCACUGCACAUCCGAGUUCUCACCACUGCAUAUCACAGUUCUCACCACUGCACAUCCGAGUUUCCACCACUCCAUAUCACAGUUCUCACCACUGCAAUCAGAGUUCCCACCACUGCCCAUCAGAGUUCCCACCACUGCACAUCCGAGUUCUCACCACUGCAUAUCACAGUUCUCACCACUGCACAUCCGAGUUUCCACCACUCCAUAUCACAGUUCUCACCACUGCACAUCAGAGUUCCCACCACUGCACAUCCGAGUUCUCACCAUUGCACAUCAGAGUUUCCACCACUCCAUAUCACAGUUCUCACCACUGCACAGUAAAGUUCUCACCACUGCACAUCCGAGUUCUCACCACUGUACAUCCGCAUUCUCACCACUGCACAUCAGAGUUCCCACCACUGCACAUCCGAGUUCCCACCACUGCACAUCUGAGUUCCCACCACUGCACAUCAGAGUUCUCACCACUGCAUAUCACAGUUCUCACCACUGCACAUCCGAGUUCCCACCACUGCACAUCCGAGUUCCCACCACUGCACAUCUGAGUUCCCACCACUGCACAUCAGAGUUCUCACACCUUAAGAUCCCAGAAAGGCAUGCCACAGUUUAAAACUUGAAACAGCACCGCAGGCUUAAGAGAGCUGGCUUAACUGUAGGGGACCUGUGGUCGGGUAGUGAAUACCGAAUGGCUAAGCCUAUAUCCCCACUGUGCACACCUGCAGAGAAAGGUGACACAGUGCCAUUAGUGUUUGCCUUAAAGGCUAAGGAAGCAGAACAGGGAUGAGAGGAGCCACCAGGAGGUGGUUCUCCCUACAGCCUGGUAGCACCAGAAAAGGAAGACCUUGGCCUCUGCGAGAAGCAUGAGGGGUUCUGCUCUAAGUAUAGUUUUCAGGGGCCUCCUGUGGGAACCUCAUGAACAAAACUCACAGAGUCACAGAGAAGAAGACAGAGUGAUCUAAGUUCAUUAAUUCAUGGUCGUUUCCCUGGUUGGUUACCUCCUGGGUUUGUGAAAAGAAGGACAGACCAUUUUUUUAAAAAUAGAUUUAUUUAUUUAUUAUAUAUGAGUACACUGUCGCUGUCUUCAGACGCACCAGAAGAGGGCAUCAGAUCCCAUUACAGAUGGUUGUGAGCCACCAUGUGGUUGCUGGGAAUUGAACUUAGGACUCCUGGAAGAGCAGUCAGUGCUCUUACCACUGAGCCUGUAGAGGGCCGCAAUAUGUUCGCCACCACUAGAUGGCGCUGUCUUCCACUGCGCCCCACGUGGUAGGUCAGGAUAGACUCCGCCAUUGCAAGAUGGCGCCAACCUUUGCCGCGCCAGCCGGCCCCCCUUUCAGGUAGUUAACUGUGCGCAUGUGCAAGAGUGCCUUCGUGCCAGGUCUUUGCCCACUCCGGGGCGUGCCUUAUGAGAUCAUGGGUAACAACCAAUCAGGUGUGGGUGCGCCGCACUAGGGUUUUAUAAGCGCGCCAUGUUGGUGCGGCGUGGCUUUUCCUCUUCUAAGAUUAAUAAAGUGGUCACAGUAAGGA